AUGAAGAGAAACUCGGGAAUGAUUCCGCUACUUAUCGAGAAUACCACACUCAGCCACGGCAUUGACAUUCCUGGAAUUCAGCGCAACUCCCCCUUAUAUCAUCUGCUCUCUCGCUGCAGUGACCUUCGCUCCACCCUCAUCUCAAGCAUGCACCCGACGUUCGCUUGGGGAAAAUGGACCCAGACUACCGCCCUAUGGACGGGUGUAGGUCCCGCCUUCUUCUCCUUGGUGACCGCUGUGAUUGUUCUGGUUGCUGCUUCUGCCAUAUGGAUCAAUCCUCAGACUCGACCCAAUUUGCGCAGACAGAGUCUGCAGAUGCUACUCUGCGUACAGGUGCGUCCAGUCUUAGGCACUCGAGGGGUAGUGCUCACGAAGCUCACAGGCAACUUCAUCGACUUUGUGAUCAUGUUCAUUCCCGUGAAUCUCCAACUUUUCAUAGUUCACCACGUCUGUACCGAAGGGUUUGUUCGGUAUUACCUCCUGGCUUCCCUCGGCGCCGCGAUUGCCACCGCACUUCCAGGAUCCAUCAAACCUGUAUGGGGAUGGGAUCCUGAGACACAACUUUGCUGGAUAGCUAUCACCGAACCGCGUGCUCGUAUCUCCUGGUUGGUAGGCGCAUGGUAUGCCUGGCUCAUCCUUUCGAUGGGUGUCGCUACCAUCUCCACUACCGCCGUCCUGCUUUACCUUGUGGUCCACACCCGCAGCCAGAAGCAUGACCUCGGCCAGGGUGUACAUAGAAAGAUGAUUCACAGUAACUGGCUGGAUGUGAAACGAGUGGCAUCUAAGAUAACGCUGUACCCUUCGGUCCUAAUUGUCGUAAACUGCAUUUCAGAGAUUAGUAACUUCACCAUAAUACGUUCGGGAGGAAUCAAGUCAGACGCCACAUAUGCCCUCUGUGUGGUCUCAGGUGUAUUGUAUGGACUGGUUCCCGGCGCGUACGCUCUUAUUACCUUAUUCAUUGACCCCAGCUUCACCCAUGCCCUCCGUACCCUCCUAGCUCAGCGAGGACUUGUUGGGCAAUGUUCUACGCGCCACAAGCAGGUUGUUCAGAUUUGGCUGACGACGCAGGUAGUUGGCGAAGCCAUAGAGGCAUCAGGGGGGAAAGAGGCGCAAAGGAGUCGGCAGAUACGAUAUGAGUGUGCUCAGGAGCAUUCGGAGGUGCAUACCAUCCUUGAAAUCGGGCACUUAGAGCCUGUAGAUGGAACGCACCUAGGUGAGAGUGUUGAAGAAACGGCAGAGACGGAGGCAAUGCGGAUGGAUGACAUGCUGAACCAGGAUAUUGCUCAGCUGUAG